AUGGCCUCCGCUGGCACUUACAUUGCGGCGUGGUUUCGCCACCAUCUCUCCUCUGUUGUCACCUUCCAGAAGCAGUUCGCCGAUGAUGUGUCGGAGACGGUGAAGGAGCAGAAGGCGCAGUUUGACCGAUACACCCGCGAGGCAAAAGAGCGGGCCGUGCAGCUUCACCUGGAUAAGCUGGAGGAGAAGUACCUCUGCUGCAUAUGCGGAAGAGGCGGCGAAGUACGUGAGGACGAUGAGUUUGUAUACGACACUUACUCUAUGAUCGACUUACCGCCCCGGGCGGUGCUGGAGGCGGCAGUGCGGGAGGAACUUGCGGACGCCCAGCUAUCGGACGGUCCCAUCAAACAGCACCAACGCAUGCUCGCUUUUCGGCAGCGUCGCCUCCAACAGUCCUCUACGACACCGGUAGCCACAUACGAGAGUGACGGCAGCAUUAAUGGCUCCUCUGAUGUUUCCGUCGCACCAUCAGACGGGCGUUCCGAGAGAAUGAGGAAAAAGCACCGGCGGAGGAGGGAUUCACCCUCUCAGCGCAAGUGCGCCAAGUCGUCCUCUCAACGCCGCGUGGUGCCUCGAUCGCGGUGCCAGCGUGAAGAGUUAGAAGCCCAGCAUCCCGAUCACGAUGACCGAGACAAGCGCACUGCCGUCGACGCCUCUGAACGGAGUAUCCGAAAAUCGCUCUCUUUGGACGAGCCCCCGUCACGCUCCACGUCAGCGCGCGGUGACGCGCUGGAGCUUCACACCGAGGACCUCGCGGUGAUGGACCCUGACAUGGUCGGUCCGCUCGAGGUACGGCACACGCUUUACAAGAUUCGGCACGCGGUGCUGCACAGGGAAGCCCGUGUGCGCCGCAAGGCUGUAGUUGUGCACAAGGACAAGGGGCUGAUGAUGAUAGAGGAGUCGGAGAUCGAGAUGUUUUCGCACUUCUUUCAGCGCCCGGUUCACGGGUACCUCUGCAUGGCGUGCUACACGAGCGCCCAGCGUCGCUUUGACACACUCACGCAGCAGAUCCGUGCCAUCCUUUUCAAGGCGGAGCAUCCGGUGCUACGCCGGUUGCCAGCUAAAGAGCUGGAAGGUUUGAUAGCUGGCAAUCAGGUCCCCGUCACCCUCAUUCAGAGCGUUUUGGCCGUUCAGCGUCGGUGGGCUGAGCUCACGGAGGAGCAGCGGAUGAAGGUAAGUCGCGCAGAGGCUGGAGCGGGACCGCCGCAGGGUCCCACCGCCGCUUUCCACGCAGAGGAACGCACGAGCUGGACGUCACAGGAGAAAGACCCGACGGGCCGGAUGGCGACUUUGCCCGAAAAGAGCAUCUUGACCCUCCGCGAGGAGGCGCGGUGUGGCGCCUGCCAGCGCCGUGCUGCGUGCUUUUUUGAACCGAAGUCUGUCGUCUUUCUCUGCCAGUUUUGCACCGCCCGAGAUCGAUUUUACCGCGAGCACGCGGUGUGCAUCAACGACGAGGAAAUGCCUUUGGUGCUGGCACAUCUCCUGCAGGAUUUGGCACUCUACUACCAAGGUGUUCAUCAGCAAGCGGAGCUCUGCCAGGCACCACUGUCAGCCAUCUUGGAGGCACAGACUGACCUAUUUCCACUCGCAGAUAUUAUGCGUGAAAAAGAGGGUCUGUUUGCCUGCCAGGCCCCGGCUGCCGCCAAGGCCGUUCUUCAGGGCCGCCGAGAGGUUGCCGAGGUGGUGCCAGAGCUCAGCGCUGAAACCCCCAUGCACGGCACCGACGUGCCCGUUGCAAGACCGUGCACUUCGGCGGCCUCAACACGCCGGGUAUGUGGAUCGAUGGUACCACUCCAGGAACAGCGCCAACGGGUUGGAAGGACGAUGAUCAGCCUCUUCGAUGGAGUCAAGUUGGAGGGGUCGGGAGUGAACCUGUUCAAGAACGCCGCUUCGGCGCCCUUUGCAGCCGGUGUCUCGGACUUGCUCCAGCCCGCUCCGCCACCGCAGCUGUCGCCCUCCCAAACCAACGGGAGCGCUGCUGGGCACGCAGGCGAGCGCGCUGCAGCAAAUCUGUUGGUCAACAGCGGAACCGCAGCUUUGACAUCACCUCCUGCCACUGUAUGGGGGCACGAGGGACGCCUGCAAAGCUCAGCUCCGGGCUCGUCGUCCGCAACGACUACGGCACACUUCCCGGAGGCCCCAAAUACACAGCGGGAAAGCUUGUUUUGA